UUCAACCCUAGUCAAUUCCUUUCCGUCCUACUCAUCCAUGUCCGCACCUCCACCAUAUCCAUAUCCUCCCAACGAGAAUCCGGAUAGACGACCACUACCUCGUGGCUGGCUUACGCGGUAUGAUAAUAACUAUCGAGCUUGGUUCUAUGUGAAUACAGACGUAGAUCCUCCAGUAACGACGUGGACACAUCCUCUCGGCGCACCCCCGACUUCUCCUGCCCCCAAUUCAUAUGGACCUCCUCCUGGUCCACCGCCUCCUGGUCCUGGUAGUCCUGGCUACGGAUAUAAUAGCCAACCUCAAGGUCAAUACCCAGGUUACGGCGGGUAUCAACAAUCUCCUCCGCCUCAACCUUAUUACGGCGGCGGCCAACCUCCUCAACAGGGAUAUGGAUCCAGUCCUGGAUAUGGUGGGCCAGGUUACGGCGGAUAUAGAGAAGAGGAAAGUCGUGGCUUCUUCGGCCGACCAAGCAGCAACCCUCCUCAGCAAUACGCUCCAGCUCCGCCACCCAAAAAAUCUGGUCCUGGGAUGGGUACGAUGCUCGGUGUAGGAGCUGCUGGAUUAUUAGGUGGCGCGGUCAUUGGAGAAAUGAUUGAACAUCACGAAGACGAAGAACGGUUCGAUGCUUACCAGGAUGGUGUCCAACAAGGCCAAAUGGAUGACUAUGGUGGCGGCGGUGAUGGCUUUGGUGGUGGAGAUGAUUUCGGCGGUGGAGGAGACUGGUAGAUGUUCUUUCGUGCUAUAAAUUGGAAGUUGGCGAUCUUCCUUGUCGGAUGGAUUUUCUUAACCAAACCGCAUUUAUCUUUGCUCUCCGUGGAAGCAUUACUUGAUUUUCUCUUUUUGCACUGGUUGUUGUCUGUUCUUGUUUUUAGCUGUCAUCGGAAUGUAUGAAUGUAAUCGCUCUGUCUAAAGCUGGCGAGUGUUGAAUGUACCCAAUUGCGUGAAUGACAUGGAGCA